UACAAAGAAAUCAUGCGAUUACAAACAUCAGUGAAAAAUUAGCAAAUUUAGCUUUAAUAGCAGUACUUCCUCUUUUGUCUCCGCAUUGGAAUAUCAUUACAAAGAAUUAUUACUCUAUAAAUGAUGAAGAAUUUGACAAAAAUUUUAAGGAUUUUGAUGAACUGCGAGAAUUUGAAAAUUUUUCGAUAGUCAUGGACUACCAUUUAUUGCAGUCUUUGUAA